AUGUACACAGCACACGUAGCGCCUGGUAGCGCGAGGAGGACGCCGCCCUCGUCAAGCUGGUCGAGCAGCACGGCACGAAGCGCUGGGCGUUAAUUAGUCGAGAACUGAACACGCAGAUUUCAGGGAUACGAACGUGCAAACAAUGUAGGAAAAGGUGGGUAUAGAAACUGGACCCUACGAUAAAGAGCGACCCCUGGUCGCCGCAGGAGGAGCGCACGAUUCGUGAUGCGCAGCGGCAGCUGGGCAACAAGUGGGCGGAGAUCGCCAAAUUACUACCGGGUCGAACGGACCUCGCCGUCAAGAACUACUGGUACGCGUCCGUCCGUAAAAAUCAACGGCGGUUGAAGAAGAAGGAGAAGAAGAAGAAGAAGAAGAAGAAGAAGAAGAAGGACUGCCAGGACGGCCGGCCGCCGCCGGGAGCCUUGGUCCUUGGCGUGGGCGUGGGCGCACCACGGCCGCCGCCGUCGUGCCCCCCGCUGCCCGCGGACACGCCGCAGGGCCUCGCGGCGUGCUUCGCCGCCUUCUACCCGGGCAGCCCCGCCAAGGCCAAGUUCCAGCAGUUCGUGCUCAACAACACGCUCUGCCCGCGCCACGUGCUCAACAUGCCCGUGGAGAAGUGCGAGUCCAUGCUCCAGCAGCAUGGCUUCGAGGGCGUCGUCGUCUUCACGUUCCAGAGCCGCCUGCGCGAGGCUUUUGCGCCACCGCCCACGGCCUACGUGCCGUCGCCCGCGCCCGUCGAGGAGCAGUUGCCUGCGCCCUACGUGCCGCCCAUCGUCGCCGCCGCGGCGCCGCCACCAAGUGCCGCACCCGGCCCGGCCGCAGCGCUGGGCCAACACUGA